GAAGCAUCUCGAACCCUGUUUUUUCUGCACGGAACAUUCCAGACAUGGUUCUUCCUAGAACUCUCCAGAUUUUCCAACCAGUUCCCAACUUCGUAUAUAUUCCACUCACCUUUCCGAUCUCAUUACAGAUUGUUGAAUAUACCUUCUAAGCAUUUCAUUUCUUCCAUUGCAAUUCAAUCCUUUUGUUCUCCAGUUCUUUUCUCAAAUUCUAUCGUUCUUGAGCUGAUUUUCUUUGUAUUUUGUUAAUGGCGGGAAAGGGCGAGGGUCCGGCCAUCGGUAUCGAUCUCGGUACUACUUAUUCCUGUGUUGGAGUUUGGCAGCACGAUCGUGUUGAGAUUAUCGCCAAUGAUCAGGGGAAUCGGACAACGCCGUCGUAUGUUGCUUUCACUGACAGCGAGCGGCUUAUCGGCGAUGCUGCGAAGAACCAGGUUGCCAUGAAUCCUCUUAACACUGUCUUCGAUGCGAAGCGGUUGAUUGGAAGGAGAUUCACCGAUCCCACGGUCCAGAACGAUAUGAAAAUGUGGCCGUUCAAGGUCAUCGCCGGUCCAGGUGACAAACCCAUGAUUGUUGUCAACUACAAAGGCGAAGAGAAGCAGUUCGCUGCUGAGGAAAUUUCAUCCAUGGUCCUCACGAAAAUGCGUGAGAUAGCAGAAGCUUACCUCGGUUCCUCCGUGAAGAACGCUGUCGUUACUGUCCCUGCUUAUUUCAAUGACUCUCAGCGUCAGGCCACCAAAGACGCAGGUGUCAUUGCCGGCCUCAAUGUUAUGAGGAUCAUCAAUGAGCCCACUGCGGCAGCUAUCGCUUAUGGACUAGACAAGAAAGCAUCCAGUGUUGGCGAGAAGAAUGUACUCAUAUUUGAUUUAGGUGGAGGAACAUUUGAUGUCUCUCUUCUCACAAUUGAGGAGGGUAUUUUUGAAGUGAAGGCAACUGCCGGUGACACCCAUCUCGGAGGUGAGGACUUCGACAACAGAUUGGUUAACCAUUUCGUUCAGGAAUUCAAGAGGAAGCAUAAGAAGGACAUCAGUGGAAAUCCAAGGGCUCUGAGGAGAUUGAGGACUGCUUGUGAAAGGGCGAAGAGAACCCUUUCAUCCACUGCUCAAACUACAAUCGAGAUUGAUUCUUUGUAUGAAGGAAUUGAUUUCUACACAACCAUCACUCGUGCUAGAUUCGAGGAGCUCAACAUGGACCUGUUCCGGAAGUGUAUGGAGCCAGUUGAGAAGUGUCUGAGAGAUGCAAAGAUGGACAAAAGCAGCGUCCAUGAUGUUGUCCUUGUUGGUGGCUCUACGAGGAUUCCUAAGGUGCAGCAGCUACUGCAGGAUUUCUUCAAUGGCAAGGAGCUCUGCAAGAGUAUCAAUCCUGACGAGGCAGUUGCUUACGGGGCUGCUGUUCAAGCUGCUAUCUUGAGUGGUGAGGGAAAUGAGAAAGUGCAGGAUCUUCUUCUUUUGGAUGUCACUCCUCUGUCUCUUGGCUUAGAGACUGCUGGAGGUGUGAUGACAGUUUUGAUCCCAAGGAACACCACCAUACCCACAAAGAAGGAGCAAGUAUUUUCCACAUACUCAGACAACCAGCCUGGUGUUCUUAUUCAGGUCUACGAGGGUGAGAGAACAAGAACCAGGGAUAACAACUUGCUGGGCAAGUUUGAACUUUCCGGCAUUCCUCCAGCUCCAAGAGGUGUUCCUCAGAUCACCGUUUGCUUCGACAUUGACGCCAACGGUAUUCUAAACGUUUCUGCAGAGGAUAAAACAACUGGACAGAAGAACAAGAUCACCAUUACCAACGACAAAGGAAGGUUGUCCAAAGAGGAGAUUGAAAAACUGGUUCAAGAAGCAGAGAAGUUCAAGGCUGAAGAUGAGGAACACAAGAAGAAAGUUGAAUCGAAGAAUGCUUUAGAGAACUAUGCAUACAAUAUGAGGAACACUAUCAGAGAUGAAAAGAUAGGUGGUAAACUUGCCCCAGCAGACAAGAAGAAGAUUGAAGAUGCAGUUGAGCAGGCCAUUCAAUGGCUAGACGGCAACCAGCUUGCAGAGUCUGAUGAAUUUGAGGACAAAAUGAAAGAACUCGAAUCCAUUUGCAACCCCAUCAUAGCCAAGAUGUAUCAAGGUGGGGCUGACAUGGGCGGCGGCGCAAUGGACGAUGAUACUCCUCCAUCAGGCGGCAGUGGCGCUGGUCCUAAGAUUGAGGAAGUUGAUUAAACAUUUUACUGUCUUCUCACUCUCAAGUUUCUCAAGACUUUAAAAUUUUGUGAUUGCUAUUCGUGUUUCGAUUUAGGCUUGCCUCUUGGUUUUCAAUGUAAUUCUCGUUUUGCUGUUA